AUGUCCGAUGCAACAGUCACUCAACACCCCCCUGCAAUCAGAGUAGGCGGUCGUCGUCUCUCAGUUACUUCGCGCCCGAGGCCUCGUGCCAACUCGGAAGCUGUUGCAAACACUGGCGCAAAUAAAACCGAAGACACUGAUUAUCCGCGCCCGGCAAACCACACCGAGGAGGAGCCACAUGCCCCUCCGCAUAAUGAAGAAGAGAUUCCAAAGAAGAAGAAACAUCAUGGACAGGGCAGCCAUGACGAUAACAGGCUUCAAGAGAGCGCUUAUCGCAAGGCAGAAGCUAGCAGGCCCACCAAAGACCAUGUCGGUGGUAAAAGCGGUUAUGGUGGUGGUGGAAGGAUCGCUCAACCUGCGGGAAAGACCUUUGGGAUUUAG